ACCACCAUUAUUUGCUAGGCAUCUAAUCACAUGGACCUGAUGGGCACAUAUCUUUUGUUAACUCGACCUAUGGAAAGACUCAACUAAAUCUCUAGUCAGGUCAACUUUCCCCUCUUCCUCCUCGACCGCGCUGCUUCAUUAUUAGCCCGCCUGCAGCUAGCUAGCAAGCAGCAAGGAGACAGAUAUCUCGUUUCUCUCUUCGCAGCAAGGAUCCCCCAAGCUAGUGCUCCUCUCAAGGUUUCCUCAAUCAUCGGAAAUGGCCACCGGAAGUAAAAUCAAAGAGAGCAAGCAGAGCCCUGAACUACCGAAACAAUUGCCAAUCGACUUUUUGAAGAAAAUUACUAACAAUUUCGCCGAAGAUCGAAUAAUAAGUGAAGGUCCUUUUGGAACACUUUACAAGGGAAUUGUACCAGAUGAUGACAAAGUGAUUGCUGUGAAGAAACUUCAGGACAACGCACCAAUGUCAGCUGACAAAACAUUUAGUAAAGAGGUUCAGAAUAUUAUGGCGCUCAAGCAUGUAAACAUAGUAGAGUUGGUUGGAUUCUGCACUGAAACACAGAAGAAAUUGGUGCAGUUUGAUAAAAGAUAUAUCCAGGCAGACAUCACUGAAAGUUUAAUCUGCUACGAAUAUUUACCUAACGGGAGCCUUCAAGCGAAUCUAUUUGAUACCAAAGCAUCAGCUAAACAGGAAAUCAAUUGGGACACACGCUUCAAAAUAAUCAAGGGGAUUUGCCAGGGAUUGUUUUUCCUACACAAGUUGGAUAUUCCCAUAGUCCAUAUGGAUUUGAAGCCUGAAAAUAUAUUGUUGGGUGUAGAUAUGGUGCCAAAGAUCGCAGACUUUGCACUAUCAAGAGUCUUUGGCCAAGAACAAACCCGAUUAUGCACACAAACAGUUGUGGGAUCUUAUGGCUACAUGGCUCCAGAAUAUCUUUACAGAGGUGAAAUCUCGGCCCAGUCAGACAUAUAUAGUUUAGGCCUAUUGAUAAUCGAGAUCACCACAGGAGAGCAGAAUCCUCGUGAACAACCGUCUGCAAGAAAUUUUGUUGAUAAAGUACGUAAAGAUUGGACACUGCAGCAUAUAACAUCCCACUCCAAGUAUGCAUCGUUAGAUUCAGGAAGCCUCCAAGAAGUUAAAACAUGCAUUGAAAUUGGGAUUAGAUGUGUAGAAAUCGAUCGGAGAAAUAGACCUCCCAUAGAAGAAAUCGUUGGCACACUCGAAGGACUACGUCCAAGCUAAAUGUUAAACAAGGUAAGAUGACAGGGACUAAACUAAGAAGUUAUCUAUUGAGAUGAUAUAAUUCCAUUUAAAGCAGAGAAUUCUUAAUUCAAUGGUA